AUGUCAUCAAACAUAGCAUCGAUAUUCAAUCCACCACCAUCUAGAAAUAUCCCUGAUAAAGAAAUACAAGAUUGUUUACCUUGCACUGCAAUUCAAUCGCUAGUAGCAAUAGUUGGAGGUUUAUAUUUUAGUUCACCAAAUCAAUUUAAAGAUAAAACUACUGGUAGAAUUGAUGUUACUAAAAACCCACUUUGGUGGCAAAGAUCAGUUAGAGGUGCUGGAAUAAUCCUUGUGGGAUUGGGAGCUUAUAGAGCAGGUGAAGUUUUGAAAAUUUUGUAUGAAAAGAAAUUCGAGUAA